AUGACCACAAAGAUUGAACACGCACCAGAUGAACUCGCUACCAUAUUCGAAAAGACACACCCAACGCUACCGAAUAUCGAAGAAGAGUUCGCACAGUACUCGAGUACCGCUGAAGAAGCGAUUGGCAAUACUUUCGAAUACCUUGUACUCCUUCAUGCUCGGAUCCAUGGCUUCAAGGCACACGCUGAGCUUCUCAACACGUCCCACAAACCCUCCACUACGAACAGUGGCAAAGAUGAAGCCGCUGUCACUGCGGUCGCAAAAAAUCUGGAGCUACCCACAAUCCCAAUCCCAACAUUCAAUGGCGACAUAUGA